AUAACUAACUAUUUGGAUAAGGGAAUGGUCUCACACCACAUAAAAAAUUCUACCCCCAUCAUGUUUCUUGUUUUCUUCAUAUAAUCAACAAACACACACACUCAUUCAAAUAAAAUACAAAUUCUACUGAAAUGGGUUGUGCAUCGUCUAAGCAGGUGAAAGCCAACGUCGUCUCUGACGUUUACAAACCACCGCCGUCUAGCUUCGCCGUGUUUAAUAUCAACUCCAUCGAGGAGCCGUGGCUGAAAUUCGAACACGAUGAUGACGAAAAACCCACAAGCGCCGCCGCGCCAAUCGCCGUGGAGGAAGGUGAUGAUGACGCUCCCAAAACAUGGGACGAGGUCAGCAAGUCUCUCGAAACCCACCUUAAACCAGCCGAUGUCAAACCGACUGAAGUCGUCUCCGUUGAGCCUCCGGCGACUCCUCCGCGACGGCUUCCUCGGAAGAGCGCAUCGUUCCACACGCUGGACGAGCUAGAAACGAAGGCGAGGAAGCAAAUCGCCGCGCAGAACCCUGCGACGACUGUCAAGCUUAAAAAAACAGAGUCGAUGUCGGAGUUAAGACCCGAGUUCAAUCGGACGGAGUCGACUCAGUCCAACUCGGGGCCCCGGUCGGUGAAGGAGAACAUAUUCGUGCUGAGAGACAGAGAGCGGAGGGAGAAAGAAGGGAACAAGAAACCGGUGAUGAACUGGGACCCACUCAGGGAGUUCCCGGAGAAGUGUCCUCCCGGAGGAGGCGACGGGUUGGUGGUGUACACGACGUCGCUGCAGGGAGUGCGUCGGACGUACGAGGACUGCAUGCGCGUGAGAGCCAUCAUGGAGCAGCAAGGGGUGGUGGUGGACGAGAGGGACGUGUCUCUAGACGCCGGAGUGCUGAGCGAGCUCAAGUCGCUUCUCCAAGAAGAAGCGACGGUGGCGCCGCCGAGAUUGUUCGUGAAAGGGAGGUAUUUGGGAGGAGCGGCGGAGGUGACGGCGAUGAACGAUAACGGGAAGUUGGGGAGAGUGUUGAGGUGGGCACGUGUGGAGAGAGUAGGGGAGGAAGGGAGGCAGACGUGUGAAGGGUGUGGAGGAGCAAGGUGGGUUCCUUGUUUGGAGUGCGGGGGGAGUUGUAAAGUUGCGGCGGCGAUUGUGGCGGCAAAGGAAGAAGGAUGGGAGAGGUGUGUCAAGUGUAAUGAGAAUGGAUUGAUACGUUGCCCUGUUUGUUUUGUUAAUUAAAGAAGAUGAACACACAAGACGAAUAAUAAAAUACAACUCCUAUUUUGUAAUGUGACAGGCUUUGAUGAUUUCUUAGAGUGGUUUUAAACA